AUGUCUUGCCUAUCUGAAGAUGAUCAGGCAGUGCUGCUUAAGCAUGGCACCUGCAAGCCGCCGAUCAUGAUCGGCGCAACCUCGCUGGGCUGGGUCGAUCUCUUCAGAGGCAUCCUCCUCCUCUCCGACGUGCUCGGCGACUGUCCUGUGGUCAAGUACAUCCAGCUGCCUGGGUCAAGGGUUUGCCACAUGAACGAGCAUGGCCUCCCUUACACUGCCAAGCAAUACUGCUGCGAUGUCUCCUCCUGCCGCGACAACGGCGGUCUCAUCAAGUUUGUCGAGAUAGAGUUCGAUGAGCCGGACCGCAGGCACAUUGGCAAUCAAGGCUGGAGAGCCAUCAUAUGGGAUAUGAUGAUAAAUACUUCAGAUGGUUGGAGCCAGCGCUUCAGAGUUGAUGUCGAUAACAUUUCGGUGGACCGAAGUUUUUCUGGUUUACUGCCUCAGCAGUGGAACGACGAGGCCGGAGAACUAGAACUGAAGAGACUGAUUUUGUGCACACAGAUUUUGUGUACUCCCACGCUGAGCAAGCAGGACGACGAUCUUCUUUACGUGAUGGCUAAGGUGAACAGUGAAGACGACAAGGCCUGGGUCAUCACCGUCAACAUGAAACGCGAGGCCGUGGAAGCAAUCGCCCCGUAUUCUACCAAAGGGCGCAAAUUCACUUCAUGGCAUAGUCCUUGCACCUUCCCAAAGUACCUCGACCCGACGACCCGUACAGGGGAUCACGUGGCCACACAUUCUACUAAGAGGAUUAGUGCGGCAGAUUGUGUACUGCAAGUGCUGCUGACUCAAGACUGGUUCAGAGAAAUUGAUGAACGCUUGGAAUUUGGGAGGCCAUCCCUCGUUGAGUGCCUAUCACUACUUCAGUGUUGCCCAGUAUCAUCUGUGCUUUCAGAUAUCCAAGAAGUGGUAAAAUAUGCAUUCUCCACUGGUGAAGGCGAAGCUGCUCCCAAAGCUGUGAAUUUAUGCAUACGAUCCUUCGAAGACUUCGAUGUGCAGCUACGUGGGUUAUUGCAUGAUCCAGCGUCAACUGCCGAAGGCAUGAGGAGCAAAAUCAGUGUUGCCCUUCGAGCUUUAGACAGUAUCUUGGACAUCGUGCCGCCAUCCUUGAAGGCGCUUGCGGAUGCCUGCCAUCAAAAGGGAGGGAAAACAAUAUUUGAUCUGGGUGAGGAGCCUGGUGAUACAAAGGUUUUGAAGUUGCAGUGCUCUCCUGAUGCUAGUAACCUUUCCCACGGAAAGAAGCCGGUCCAUACAAAUGACAUAUCUUACAAGUUGCAGCAGGGGGGAAACAACCCCAACAACCGUCAGCGGAGUAAGCAUAGCCAAGCACUAAGCAAGGAAGCUAGCCGCGAUGAACGAGCGGUGGUUCCGGAUCGCCGCCGACUGGGACGGCCCAGAGGCCCUCGGUAUGUGAUGGUUUUCUUGUGCUUGCUCUUUGCUGCCUACGUAUGGACAACAGUCAAGUGGUAA